GCUCACGCUCACCAAGCUCAUCUCACUCGUCUCUCUCUCACUUUCGUCUUCAUCUUAACCGAACAUCCGGUUUCUUUGAACGUUUCGUUUCCGCCCUACCGGCUCACAUCCACACACCAUCCACACACCGCCACUAUUUAGAAUAAAGCGAAAAAGAGAGUGCGAGCGUGUAAGUGCGUGAGGGCUGCUGGUGUGUGUGUUGUCGUCCAUAUAACUGUGGCUGGGCUGCUGCUGUGUCAGUGUCUAACCCGCUCCUCUCUUUAGUACAGAGCAGUUGAUCCUUUUUCUUCUUCUUCCGCCGUGUGCAGCUGCUCGUCUAAUAUUAUACAACCGGUCUCUAUUAUUCAACCUCAGCCCCCCCCCCCCCCCUCGACUUCCGUAAUUUGAUUUGGAAAGGGCUAUAUCAGGACUAUAUCAGAAAGAGCAACUCUUCUCGAAAAAAAAAAACGAACGAACGAAAAAAAACGAACGAACGAAAAAAUAAAAAAAAGGAGCCACAGGAAAAUAUACGUCAACCAUGUCCGGAGGGAGUAAUUCCAAUUUCCUUUGGAUACUCAAAUCGUCGCUAUUUUUCAGUACGUCCAAGAAACUGUUUGCCAGUUUCGCCGGACACAUCACCAGCAGCGCGUCCCUACAAUCACUUUCGGGGAACAAGCCGAAUCGAUGCGAAUACGAGCAGCUCUCGCCGGUGGAAGGCAACAACAACCGGCCGUCGGAUCGGAAUAAAAAGAGCGGCAAGAACAAAAACGAUCGCCACCGUCGUUUCGGAUCCAUUGACAACGACGGCAACAACGGCAACGAUGACGACAGCAGCAGCAGCAGCAGCCAAGAAGAUGACGAAGAUUCCGAUGAGGACGACGACGACGAGGAAAUCGACAGGUUAACCUGCUGGGUCUGCGAACGAGCCUUCAGUUCCACCCGAAUCCUGGAACGUCACAAGAUCCGCGAGCGCCAUUUCGGAUGCGGAACAUGCGACGCCAUUUUCCCGACACUGAUGGCCCUCGAAGCCCAUCAAGAGGAAGCGGAUCAUUGGUCCAGUGACGACGACGAGGACGACGACGACGACAAGGAUGUGGACGGCCGACGCGAUUUGUCCGAAGACUCCCAACUCGACACGGAAGAUGAAAUGGAGCUCGAUUGCAAAGAUCGCCAACUUAAAAAGGAGCGGCUAUUCCUCAUCUAAUCGCGGGCGACAUCACCAUGGCGACCGAAACCCCCCCCCCCCCAAAAGAGAGAGAGCAUUCCUCGACUGUAUUCCACACAUCACGGCCGCAACAGCAGCAGCAGCAGCAGCUUUGCAUUAUUUAUAAUAUCGAAUGUACAAUAAUAUUCCAUAUCUUAAUGCUCUCCACCACCACCACCAACCGCCACGAAAUAAUAUCCCUCCUGCUCCUCCCUCACCAGCCCGACUUCUUUUCGCUUUGCAUUUCCCAUCAUCUCAAUGUCUGUAAUUCCAUUCUCCAACGUCGAAACCAACUCUCUACCGCGACUGCACACACACACACACACAUAUUCUUCGAUUUUCGGCGACGAGAUUUUCCACCGGGAAAAAGGGAAAAGC